AUGAAAUCUUUGAACAACAUCCAGAGGAGCGAAUCAUUCAGAAAUCUGAUAGAGAGAAAGGAAGCUAAUCAGGGGGAUCAAAUGAGGCAAGAGCCAGCUCGUAGGAAAGCAAGAAGACCUGCAGCUACAGUUAUGGACUAUGAUCAAAUGAUUAUCCCUAGUCACACAUAUCAAUCUUGGCUUCGGAAUUCUUCUGGUAUCGUGUCAAAAAGGGGAAGAAAGCGAAAGAAGAACAAGACUGAAAAUCUCUGCUUGCAUACAGGUAGGACCUCUGUGCCCCAACUACCUGAAGCAUCAUCGUCAACUCCACCAGAAAGAAUGCAUUUUAUGGAGCCACCAGGACAUCUUACUGAAGGUAUUCACAGUGGAAUUGGCUCAACGCCAACUUCAAUUGAGAAGCUAGUGUCUCCAGAAAAAGUCCGUAAUAAUUUGAUGCAACAUGAAGCCAAUGGACUGAUCGCAACUAAGGCCAACUCAAUGACCACCCCAGCCGUCCCCAGGAACCUCUGCCUCGACACUGUUGCAGAGGAGUGGCACCAUUCUGACCCGAAGUUAAAGUUAGCUAGGCGAUCGGAGAAUGGCUUUACACUUGAUAAUGAGUUGUUGGUGGAAACUGGACAAGCACAAACCCAACAGCAUGAAAUUAUCAAUCAAUCACUUGACAAGAUAACUGAUUCAAACAGAAAGCAGUUGAAGACUCAUUUUGACACACCAGGAUCUGCCAAAGUAGAAUCUUUGAACCAUUUAGCUUUAGGGAUGAACAAAUAG